CUGUUUCAUCACUGACAACAAACGGAAAACCAUUUCUGAUUCUGACUAUCAUAAUUCAUUUCCCAAAAUGAGGUUCUGAAUCUCCGAAUCCCUAAUUCUCCACUUGAAAUCCCAUAAUCUCGACAUCCAAGUCUCUCUCGAUUUCAUUUCCAACCUCCGAUCACUCUCUCUCUCUCUCUCUCUGUGUUGGAUUCAAUUGCUGUGAAUCAGUUUGAGAAUCAAACAUGGAGGCGAUCGAAGAAUUGGCUCAGCUUUCCGAGUCGAUGCACCAAGCCUCCGCUCUCCUUGCUGACGAAGACGUCGACGACACCUCCUCAACCAGACGCGCUUCCACCUUCCUCAACGUCGUCGUUGUCGGCAAUGUCGGUGCUGGUAAAUCUGCUGUAUUGAACAGUUUAAUUGGACAUCCUGUUUUGCCAACUGGUGAAAAUGGUGCUACCAGAGCUCCCAUAAGCAUUGAUUUAGACAGGGACAGUUCUUUAAGCAGCAGAUCAAUCAUCUUGCAGAUUGACACUAAAUCUCAACAGGUUUCUGCAAGUGCUAUUCGGCAUUCUCUGCAGGACAAGCUAAGCAAGGGUUCACCAGGCAGGAGUCGUGAUGAAAUAUACCUGAAACUUCGUACUAGUACAGCUCCCCCAUUGAAAUUGAUUGACUUGCCGGGGUUGGAUCAAAGGAAUAUGGAUGAUUCAAUGAUCAGUCAACACGUUGAGCACAAUGAUGCUAUUUUGCUAGUUAUUAUUCCUGCUACUCAGGUGCCAGAAAUUUCAUCAUCUCGAGCCCUCAGAAUAGCGAAAGAAUAUGAUGCAGAUAGUACCAGAACAGUUGGCAUUAUUAGUAAAAUUGAUCAAGCAGCUACAGAACCAAAAGCACUUGCAGCUGUUCAGGCUCUUUUAUUAAAUCAGGGACCAACAAAAACAUCUGAUAUUCCUUGGGUUGCUUUAAUUGGUCAAUCUGUUUCUAUAGCUUCAGCUCAGUCUGGAAGUGGCGGUUCUGAGAACUCCUUAGAAACUGCUUGGCGAGCUGAGAGUGAAAGUUUAAAAUCUAUUUUGACUGGAGCUCCUCAAAGCAAGCUUGGUAGGGUAGCUUUGGUGGAGGCCCUUGCUGGCCAGAUUCGUAACCGUAUGAAACUUAGGCUGCCAAAUCUUCUUUCUGGUCUUCAAGGAAAGUCUCAAAUUGUUCAUGAUGAAUUAGUAAGACUUGGCGAGCAAAUGGUUCAUACUGCUGAAGGUACAAAAGCUAUAGCUUUGCAGCUCUGCCGUGAAUUUGAGGACAAAUUUCUUCUACAUAUUACGGGUGGUGAGGGUAGUGGUUGGAAAGUUGUUGCUAGUUUUGAGGGAAAUUUUCCUAACAGAAUCAAGCAGCUCCCUUUGGACAGACAUUUUGACAUAAACAACGUCAAAAGGAUUGUCCUAGAAGCAGACGGUUAUCAACCUUAUCUUAUAUCUCCAGAGAAAGGGUUGAGGUCCUUAAUAAAAGGUGUCCUAGAACUGGCGAAGGAACCAUGUCGUCUAUGUGUUGAUGAGGUGCAUCGAGUACUUGUGGAUAUAGUUUCUGCUGCUGCGAAUUCUACGCCUGGGCUUGGAAGAUAUCAUCCUUUUAAGAGAGAGGUUGUGACAAUUGCAACUGCCGCACUUGAUGUGUUUAAGAAUGAGGCAAAAAAAAUGGUGGUAGCGCUAGUGGAUAUGGAACGUGCAUUUGUUCCACCUCAACACUUUAUUCGUUUGGUGCAAAGGCGAAUGGAUAGACAGCGCCGUGAAGAAGAGCAAAAGAAUCGUUCUUCCAAGAAGGCACCUGAGGCAGAGCAGUCCAUUUUGAAUAGGGCCACCAGUCCUCAAACAGGUGAACAAGCUCGAGGAAGCUUAAAAUCAAUGAAAGACAAAUCCAGUCAGCAAGAGAAGGAUGUGCAAGAGGGAUCAGCCUUGAAAACUGCUGGGCCUGGUGGCGAGAUAACAGCAGGAUUUUUAUUGAAGAAAAGUGCCAAAACAAAUGGGUGGAGUAGACGGUGGUUUGUUUUAAAUGAGAAAACUCGGAAGCUUGGAUAUACUAAAAAACCAGAAGAAAGACAGUUCCGUGGAGUCAUCACUUUGGAGGAAUGCAAUAUAGAGGAAAUGUCUGAGGAGGAAGAAGCCCCUUCAAAGAGUUCCAAGAAUAAAAAGGCCAAUGGACCAGAUUCUGGAAAAGCACCCAGUCUUGUUUUCAAGAUUACUAGCAAGGUUCCAUAUAAGACUUUAUUGAAAGCUGACAGUGCUGUUGUGUUAAAGGCUGAGAAUAUGGCAGAUAAGGUUGAGUGGUUAAAUAAGUUGAGAAAUUUAGUCGGGCCUUCCAAAGCAGGUGAAGUGAAGGGUGAAUCUGGUCUUCUCAUUCGUCAAAGUUUUUCUGAUGGUUCUCUUGAUACAAUGGUUAGAAAACCUGCUGAUCCAGAGGAAGAGCUCCGAUGGAUGUCCCAAGAAGUACGCGGUUAUGUUGAAGCUGUUCUUAACAGCCUUGGUGCAAAUGUCCCAAAAGCUGUUGUUCUUUGCCAAGUAGAGAAAGCCAAGGAAGACAUGCUUAAUCAGUUAUACAGUUCUAUCAGUGCCCUAAGCACAGCCAGGAUUGAAGAGCUGAUCCAGGAAGAUCAGAAUGUAAAGCGUAGGAGGGAGCGUUUUCAGAGACAGUCCUCUCUUCUUUCAAAACUCACCAGGCAACUUAGCAUCCAUGACAAUCGGGCAGAUGCUGCCUCUAGCUGGUCCAGUGGUGGGGGUGGAGCAGAGAACAGCCCAAGAACCCCUGGAUCGUCAUCAGGGGAUGACUGGAGGUCAGCAUUUGAUGCUGCUGCCAAUGGACCCGUUGACUCGAAUGGUGGCUCAUCUAGGUUUGGGGCCAAUGGUCACAAUCGAAGGUAUAGCGACCCGUCCCAGAAUGGUGAUGCAAGCGCAGGCUCAAACUCCAGCAGUCGGCGCACGCCUAACCGAUUACCGCCCACUCCGCCACCAUCCACUUCAGCUUUUAAGUAUUAGAAUGGGACUAGUUGCUAAUUUCAUGCAUUAUGUUGAGUGGGUGUUGCUCCUGCUGAGAUUGAGCUUUUCCCAAGCUCAAGUUAUGUUACAGUGGCUCCGUAGAAGCCCAAUUGGUCUGUAGAUAAAUCUUACAGCUACAACUGUGAUUUUUGCAGUGUAUUUUCUGUAUGCUAAUCAAAUUUCCUUCCUAUUUGGGCGGAGGGAAGAGGAGGGGAUAGUGCUUUUUCCCUCUUCCCCUUUCAUAUGCUUUAAUGUAAUUGAUUGUAAUGAAUCUGAUUUUAGAUUUAUACAAUUUCAUACAUAAGUUAUAGCA